AUUAAAGUUGAAUGCUGCAAGAGCAUCAGUCUAAUCAUAGAUAAAGAAGAAAGGGAUUGUAUGGUCCGACUAAUGUUUGCUGUCAUUCUAGUAUUGUUAACUUGCCAUGGGCAAGUGGAAGCCACUUUGACAUCCACCUCCACUGUGGCGGCCUGUCCUGAUGACAUUGUCACCUUUACCUGCACUCUGCCUGGUAACGUCUUAGCGUGGAACAUCAUUCCUCCACAAGGUCAAGAAAAUAAUAAUAUGUUCAGAAUUACACUAACUGCCAGCAACACCGAUGAAACACAAGGUAAUCCAGCAUUCCGUGCUGUUCUCACUGACUUUAGUGGACCCCUCACUGCUACUCUCACCUCACUGUCUGAGGCUUCCAUUGUAGAGGGUACUAUGGUGUUGUGUGAGGGAGAGGGCUCACUAGAGGGUCCUCUUACUAUCACUGUGGCUGAUUCACCCUCCUCUCCACUCAACCCAAGAGUAUCCGCCACUCAAAAUCAACCCAGUUCUUUUAAUAUCACUCUGGACUGGGACCCUCCCUCCUCUACUGGUGGUGUGUCUGCCAGGUAUGUCCUCACCAUCUCUCCAACAUCUCUCUCCGGGUCACCAGUAACUGUGGAGACCACCUCGGCACAGAUAACUAUCUUCUACAACACUCCCUACAAUGUGACCAUCAGAGCUGUGAACUGUGUUGGAAUGAGCCAAGAAGCUUCAAUUGAGGAUCUGAUUGUGUGCCCCACACCGUCUACUGCUACCGGUGUUACUAUCACCAACACACCUCCGGUCACUAUUGGUGGAUCUAUGCUCACCUUUGCUUGCAAUGGAGACAAUGAAGUGAUAACCUCAACCUGUGGCAGUAGUGGAUGGUCUCCUGAUCCUGUGACCUUCGACUGUGGCAUCCCAGUUACAGUAGAUCCCCCAGUCACCUGUGGUUCUCCUGCUAUACCGUCCAGAGGUAGUGUGGACAUCAGUGGAAGGCUACCACCCUUCUCACUGGGUUCACAGGUCAUCUAUCGCUGUGACGAUGGACUGUUCCCCCCUGAUGUGAGGACCAGCACAUGCACUGAUGUGGGGGAUAGCGGAGAGUGGGUGGAGAAUCCUGGGAGCUUGUUAUGCAGGGAGAGGCCAGUCAACUGCACUCUUCCUACUGAGCCUUGCAAUGGUGCUAUAGUUGAGUAUGAGAGGUUGAACGAGACAGUGUUGGAGGGAACAGUGCUGACUUACCAGUGUGACAAUGGACUCUCACUGACUGGACCCAACACCAUUACUUGCACUAAUACUGGAGUCUGGAGCACUGAGCCUGAGGCAAUCAUGUGUGUAGUUUCUACUGUCGCUCCUUUGUUCUCCACUUCUGCAACUGUCGCUAUCAGUGUGGUCAUCACUUUCAUUGUCACUCUAGUCAUUGGAUUCCUCACUGGACUGCUGGUGAUGUAUCUUUUCUUUCGUAAGAAAGCAGUGUACUUCCCAGCAACUGAAGGACAAACUAACACAGCGUCCACUGCACCAGCUGGUCCUGUUUAUGAGGAGGUGUCACCCAAAGAGGAGAUUGAACUCAACACAAACCAGGCGUAUGGACCAUUAGGACUGUGAAACUCUUUCACUCUAGCUUUAUGAAUAGCAUUCAACAAGUUACAUUGCAAUAAUUAUCAUUCUGUUGGUAUUUUGUUUGUUAAUAGACUCAGUGUUUUUGAUAGCGUAUAAUUAUA